GAGGUUCAAAAUGGGUAUCCUUCAUAUUAUGGGGUCAUCAAUGUUUCAUCUCAUUAUCUACAACCCAAUAAUACAUAUGGUUGAUGAAUUGCUGCUGCUGAAUGGGAUUGAGAUUUGGAUUGGGAAAGAAUGGUCCUUUGCUAUAAAAGUGACGCAUUUGGUGAGAAUGGCCCUGCCUGUCUCCAUCACUCUUUCCUCAUCUCAUCUCAUCUCCUAUCCCACACUCUACUACUUCCCUUCCCAUUUCUCAUCCAACUUCCAGAGUAAUUUCCCACGUAUAUUUUUCCUCUGUUUUCACCUUUUCAAUUAAUUAAAAAAAGUUGCUCUUGUUUUCCAUUUGAGCCGGCCAUUUGCUUACUAGCCCCUGACUUGGCGUCCACUUGUGUUGUUGUGUGUCUCUCUCUCCAUUUCUUUCUGCAGAACAUUAUUUUAUUUCCCACUUGAAUGAAUGAUAUUUGUUUGUCUUCAUCUCGAUCUCAAGGCGCUUAGAAUUGGCGAUGCGGAUGGAUAUUAUUCCACCUCCCGAGGCCCUUAUCUGAUAUGAAAAUGGGCCUGGUUGGAUCCACUGCAAAGUUAUUCGUCUUUCCAUCCCAGGCCCGAAGAGCGAAUCCAUGGACAUGGUGCUAUUUGGGCUUUGGAUUAUACUUUAUAUAGCUCCGCCGGAGCGUCAAAUUCAUUUUUUUCCGGCAGAGAGAACUCCGGGGAUUUUUUUCCAUUUCCUGUCCGCGCAGUCUGGGGGGCUUCUCUGGCUGUACAUAAUCAAUUGCAUCAGAGAUAUAAGAUAAAAUCGAUGGCAUCUCAAGACUCUGUCAUGAUCCACACUGACCAGGUUGCUACUGACACUCCUUUCUUUCUGUGGAGAAGUUUUUGAUGUUUCAAGUUCGUAAUAUCGCCUGUCUGUUUUUAAUGGAAACAUUCAAUGGAAAAGUAGUAACUGAGGAUUAGGUUGUUAGUUAAGAUGCGUGAGGUCGUUCUUUCUAUGAUCAGCUGGUAAUACUCUCUUGACAUCCUGCAGCAGAUGUCAGUUCCAUGGUUUACUUGUCCUGAACUGACCGAGUAUGAAGAUCCAUGCAUCUCAUAUAAGUUCAAGGUUUUGUUUGCUUGGCUGGGAUUUUCCAGGUUCUGGUAGAAGAGAAGUCGUCUGCAAGGAUAUUGGUAUUAAAUAGGCCUAAACAGUUGAAUGCCCUCUCGUAUCCAAUGAUUUCUCGGCUUCUAGACCUUUUCCUUGCUUACGAGGUGGAUCCUAAUGUCAACCUUAUUAUUCUUAAGGGAAAUGGAAGAGCAUUUUGUGCGGGUGGUGAUGUGGCAGCCGUUGUGCAUGAUAUUCGCAAAGCUAACUGGAAGUCAGGAGCCCAAUUUUUCUCAAAAGAAUUCAUCUUGAAUUAUGUGAUGGCGACAUAUACCAAACCCCAGGUGUCUAUCCUUAAUGGAAUUGUCAUGGGAGGAGGAAAUGGAGUUACUAUGCACGGAAGAUUCCGCGUUGCAACUGAAACUUCGGUGUUUGCUAUGCCUGAAACGGCUUUAGGUCUCUUCCCUGAUGUAGGUGCCUCCUAUUUCUUGUCCAGACUCCCAGGAUUCUUUGGAGAAUACGUUGGACUUACUGGAGCAAGGUUGGAUGGUGCUGAAAUGCUUGCAUGCGGCCUUGCAACUCAUUUUGUCCCUGCAACGAAAUUGAGUCUAUUGGAAGAAGCACUACACAAGGUAGAUUCAAGUGAUUCAGCCAUAAUUUCUGCAAUUAUUGACUGCUACUCUCAGCAACCAUACUUGAAAGACCAAAGUGCUUAUAGACGUUUAGAUGUCAUCGAUAGAUGCUUCUCCCGGAAAACAGUUGAAGAUAUCUUGUCUGCGCUUGAAAAGGAAUACAUGGAUAAGGCAGAUGAUUGGAUCAAGAACACUAUUCAGUCACUCAAGAAGGCUUCUCCAACAAGUCUUAAAAUUUCACUCCGAUCAAUUCGAGAAGGAAGGAUACAAGGUGUUGGCCAAUGCCUAACUCGGGAGUUUCGAAUGGUCUGUCAUGUUAUGGAAGGAAAGCUAAGCAAGGACUUCUUUGAGGGGUGCAGGGCCAUACUGUUAGACAAGGAUAGGAACCCAAAGUGGGAACCUGCUAGAUUGGAGCUCAUAAGUGAGGGGAUGGUUGAGCAGUACUUCUCAAGAAUGGAUGAUGAAGAAUGGGAUGAUCUAAAGCUUCCUUCUAGGUCCAAUUUCGUUCUGCCAGGACACGCCAUAGCAAAACUCUAAGCAAGGAUUAGGAAAUGGAAUAAUGAGGAAGGGGUAUUAAAUUAGCGAGCUGGAGAUUCAGUUGAAAGUGUAUAUAUUGUAUUUCCUAUAGGCUAUAGCCAUACAGGUGGUGAAUAAGUGACAAACUAGACGUCAAUAAGAGCAACCAAUUCUCAUAUUAUCCUACAAAUGUGGUUAUAUAUGAUAAUACAUUUGUUUAUUUGUUUUCGUUGAAUAAGUAAACAGGAAAAAUGAAAUACACCCUUGUCUAGUUAGCUUAUCGUCACCUGAUGAUACAAUUUUGGCAGCAAUGAUAGUUUGUAGCAGCAGCAGCGUUGGUUUAAGUCCAGUCAUCAGCUACACAACAACAGCAACAAAACAAAGCAAACUUCCUGCUUGCUACUCCAAGCAGUCUCACAAUGCAAGCAGAAGAAUAAUCGGAUUAGCUCAAGGGACGUUUCAGACUCUGUUGCCUAUAAAUUCAUCUCAACUUGAAGCUACCAAAACAACACAACUACAGCAUAGACUUGCAAAUCAAGAGCAGCAACCAACCAAAAGAGAAAAAUGGCAUUCAGGGCAGCCAUCGCAUUAUCAGCAGUUCUGGCUGCGUUUCUGGUGCUGGGUUGUGAAGGAGGUGGUGGAAUAUCAAUCUACUGGGGACAGAAUGGGAAUGAAGGAACCUUGGCCGAGACUUGCGCCACAGGUAACUACCACUAUGUCAACAUAGCCUUUCUGUCAUCAUUUGGCAACGGACAGCCACCGGUGAUCAACCUUGCAGGCCACUGUGAUCCAACCAACAGCGGCUGCGCUGGUCUAACUUCCGACAUCAAGUCGUGCCAAGCGAAAGGGAUCAAGGUCUUGCUGUCAAUCGGCGGAGGAGCUGGAGGCUACUCCCUUGCAUCCACACAAGAUGCAGAGCAGGUUGCAACUUAUCUCUGGGACAACUUCUUCGGCGGUUCUUCCUCUGCCAGGCCACUUGGCCCUGCUGUGCUCGAUGGGGUCGACUUCGACAUCGAAGGAGGAACAAACCAGCACUGGGAUGAUCUGGCUAGGUCCCUGAAAUCCCACGACGAAACGAUCAUACUGACAGCAGCUCCACAGUGCCCGUUCCCUGAUGCUUGGAUAGGGAGUGCACUUCAGAGUGGACUGUUUGACUAUGUUUGGGUUCAAUUCUACAACAACCCUCCUUGCCAGUACUCUUCUGGGAGUGUCACGAACCUUGAAGAUGCUUGGAAGCAAUGGACAUCCGCCAUUCCUGCUAAGAAGAUCUUCCUGGGGCUGCCUGCUGCUCCUGAUGCUGCUGGGAGCGGAUUCAUCCCCGUGAACGACCUCGAAUCGCAGGUGCUACCUGCAAUCAAGGACAGCUCCAAGUAUGGUGGUGUGAUGCUGUGGUCGAAGUUCUAUGAUGAUCAAACUGGAUACAGCAAAUCCAUCAAGAACUCUGUCUAAAUUAUGUGUUGAGUCAUCCAGUCAUCCAUAUGCGUGAAUAGUUUCUGGGAAUGCACUACUACCUUGAAUGUAUUUAUCGUAUAUUUCCACACUCUAAUGUACAAAAAUGUUUCGUG